AUGAGUGACGUUAAUCUUAUUUUCUGGGACCACUUGCAGGCUGGCAGCUCCGAUGUGGAUUGGUGUGAAGGCAAUUACCUUAUUUACCCGAGCAUCGCUGAAUUUUACAACACGAUCAGCAACAUUUUGUUUUUUGUUUUGCCUCCCAUAUUAAUGUGCUUGUUUCGCCAAUAUGCAACACAUUUCAACAGUGGGAUUUACCUCAUUUGGACCCUGCUGGUCGUGGUGGGUAUUGGCUCAACAUAUUUCCACGCUACCCUCAGCUUCCUGGGCCAGAUGCUGGAUGAGUUGGCCAUUUUAUGGGUGCUCAUGUGUGCCAUCGCUAUGUGGUUCCCAAAAAGAUACUUACCCAGGAUUUUCAGAAGAGAUCGGUCGAGGUUCAAAGUAGUCAUCGGCAUCCUUUCAGGGAUCACUACAGGAUUGGCCUUUGUUAAACCUGUCAUAAACUCCUUGUCGCUCAUGACUCUGGGCAUCCCAUGCACCGUGCUGCUCAUCACCGAGCUUAAAAGGUGUGAAAACCCUCGUGUAUUCAAGCUGGGUCUGAUCUCAGGAAUUUGGUGGGCUCUGGCUCUGCUUUGCUGGCUCAGCGAUAGGAUUUUCUGUGAAAUGUGGUCAUCUGUCAACUUUCCCUACCUACACUGUGCUUGGCACAUCCUCAUUUGUCUGGCCUCCUACUUGGGUUGCGUCUGCUUUGCCUACUUUGACGUUGCGAGCGAGGCCCCGGAGCGAGGUCCAGUCAUCAUGUUCUGGCCCAACGAGAAAUGGGCCUUCAUUGGCGUCCCCUAUGUUUCAUUCCUCUUUGUACACAAGAAGUCAGCUAUCAAGGUGACCUAA